GUGGCUGCCCCGGCCGCACGCGCUGCGCCACCCCUACUCCGUCGCGCCCGAUCGCUGUUCUAAAUUCGAAAAUAUGAUGAUUUUUAUUUUAUUUUUUUCUGAACAUCGCCCAGUUGUCUCUGAGUGACUGCAUGAAAGUGGUACGUUUUUUAUAACAUUUCUACCAACAAGUUCUGUGAUAUUGCUGAAAUGAUUUAAAACUGAAUGCACCGGUCUUAAUUGAACUGAGACAGGACGUGUUAUGUCGAUUACGAUCGUGCAUUAACUCUAGCCGGAUUGGAUUAAAAGAGAUGUCCGCAGGCAGCGCCGAGUGUUGAACCACCAUGGACGGCCGAAGCUCGCAAAAUACGUAUCAUAUUUUUGAAAUCAGAUGAACUCUCUACAAACAAUCAUGAUAUUCCUGGAGGUCAGCACAGGCACCUAACAAUGCGUGAAUCAGACCAGAUCCACCAACAAAUAGUUUUGGCUCCUACCUCAAGAGAGAUAAAUGAAACAAUAUUCGUGCCUACAGAAUGGAGAGAUACGGUGCCGCCCUAUUUCAAUUAUUCCUUGAACAGCACGUUUUAUAAUUCAAACGUUUUUCUAUAUGAAAAUUUUGAGACCGAGGAGGUUGUAUAUGAGUCAUUGAAUAUAUGGUGGGCAUUGCUGGCCUCUAUGCUCGUGCUGUUCACCGCGUGUGGCAACGUGCUGGUGUGCCUGGCCAUCUACUGGGAGAGGAGGCUGCAGAACGUCACCAACUAUUUUCUCAUGUCGUUGGCCAUCACUGAUCUGCUGGUGGCUAUUCUGGUGAUGCCAUUGGGCAUUCUCACUUUAGUAAGAGGAUACUUUCCGUUCCCGGCCGUGUACUGCCUGAUCUGGAUCUGCCUGGACGUGCUCCUGUGCACCGCGUCCAUCAUGCACCUGUGCACCAUCAGCGUGGACCGGUACCUGUCUCUGAGGUACCCGAUGAGGUUCGGGAGGAACAAGACCAGGAAGAGAGUCACCGUCAAGAUUGCCUUUGUCUGGAUCCUGAGCACGGCUAUGAGUCUCCCGCUCAGUCUCAUGUAUUCUAAGAACGAGGAGUCAGUCCUGAUCGGCGGGUCGUGCCAGAUCCCGGACCCGCUGUACAAGGCUAUCGGCUCCGUGAUCUCGUUCUACAUCCCGCUGGGCGUGAUGCUGCUGACGUACGCGCUGACGGUGCAGCUGCUGGCGCGCCAGAGGAAGGGGCUGGGCCAGGGCUGGGCCGCCGGCUGGCUCGGCGCGCCAAUCAUCGAGCGGCGAUGCACCUGGCGGCGGUUCCUGGGCCCCCGCGGCGGGACUCCCCAGCACUCCGCCGCCUCCACCGAGACCGAGCUGCCCCCCAUAGACGCCAGAGAACGGGACCUUUGGCUGCAGGACUCCAGCGAGCCCGCCCCCUCGGCUAUGGGCGCCCUGCACCAGUUCGGCGCGGAGAUGCUGCGUCUGUCCCGCGGGCUAGAGGCGUCCGCGACCAGACCGCACUACCGAGGGACCAACAUCUCGGAUAAAGGAGGCAUGCUGACUCCUGGUUCGCUGAGCGUGUCGUCCAGUUCCCCGUCGUCCAUGCUGCAGGAGCGGCGGCGGCCGUCGUCGACCUGCGAGCCGCACACGCCCGUGCACCCGCCGCGCCCGCGGAGCGCCUCCGACGACGAGUCGCAGAACGACGGGCUCCUAGUCCCGGCGACCCUCACCACCAAGUCAAGGAGCUCCGAAGACGGCCUCCUCCUGCCGCCUCCUUGCACUUGCCCCUAUUUCGGGUCAGACGCUCCGCCUCCGCGGAGGACUACAGAGGUAAUCAUAGUCCCAGGAGGAGACAUCAAUGGAUGCAAUGGCUUCUCAAAGAACGGGUCGUUCAGAGGCGACGACACGGCGGCCUCCACUCCGUACUCGAGACGCUCGAGCCGAGCCGGCGCCGCGGCGUCCAUGGUCACCUGGGAAGAAGCCAGGAGGUUCAGGAGAGGCUCUAGUUUUGGAGCUAGGACCACUUUGACCACUCCAACUAGAAAUAUCAGAAGCCGAAGGUCUAUUAAUGUGCGGCAACAAGUCAACACCACGCCGCAGAGACAAGCGCCCAGAACUCACCAUUCGAGAAACUCUAGUGUAAUAUCUAGAAACUCGUCAAGGCAUGGCAGAAUUCUACGAUUAGAACAAAAAGCUACGAAAGUAUUAGGCGUUGUUUUUUUCACAUUCGUUGUACUGUGGGCGCCAUUUUUCAUUCUAAACAUGGUCCCAGCCGUGUGCCCGGAAUGCGAGAAGUGGAUUGCCCAUUGGGUUUUCGAUUUUGUUCUGUGGUUAGGCUACGCUAGUUCGAUGGUGAAUCCAAUAUUCUACACGAUAUUCAAUAAAGUGUUUCGACAAGCUUUCAAGAAGGUACUGAAGUGCCAAUAUUGUCGGUCGCGGAGAUAGCCCGCGCCCUGGGAGCGCGCCCGCCCUGUCUCGGACCCCGGGAUCACAGCGCUCUCUGUAAAUAGACCUAACGUACGAUCUCAGUUCGUAUGAAAAUCGAACUUAUGCUUUUUAGGAUUUGGUAGAUAUUAGCUCGUUAAUUUUGCGGCAGUUUUUUUUUCUUACGUAUAAUUUUGAAUCAUACAAUGCGGCCUUAGAAAUAUUACCUACAUUAUUGUUACUAUUGUCUCUUUGUUGUCUGAAGUUCAUCAAAGUAUUAAACCGUGUUAAUUAACAUACUUCGUAUUUUUUCAUUUUGUUACAAAAUGCUACAUAAAUGAUACAUAAAAAAUAUUAAUUUGUUUGUAUUUAUAAACUAGUAAUAAGAAUAAAUGAGUCGCAAAUUGUUAUGAACAUGUUCGUAAAAUGUAAAUGAUGUAUUAAGUAGAAUAAAUUGUAGCAAAAUGUAAAUUCUUAAAUAUAUGCAUGAACAAUACUCGAUGUUUGUGUGUAAAUGCUGCGUAAACACUGUAAAGUAGAUAUUUUUAAAUCAAAUUAAUGUCAUAUAAUAAUUAUUAUUUAAUGAAGUUGGAAUUCAUAUUGUCGUCUGAAUAUCACAUAUUUUUUCUGCAAUCAAAAAGCCUUAUAGUAUCAUUAAUAGGUUAUCUUAAAUAAUAAUCAUGAAUGAUAAAAGAAAAUAAAGGUAUCCAUGUAACGAGUAAAUUGGAUGGAAUGUAAAUAAAAUUAUGGGAUGUUAAAUGUGUAUGCAGAUCAGAAUUAUUGUUUCAAUUUAUAAUAAAAAGGUUUUUAUCGA